UUUUAAAAUUAGAACGUCAGCGAACUCUGUGAACUUUCUCUCUCCUUCAGUGUCUCGGCUACGGGGAGAUCUCAGCCGAGCUGAAAGAAGCUUUGCUGAACUGAGCGCAGGAUUUCUGGAGUUGAACGACAGCCUCCGGCGAUCUGACGAGCGAUAUCUGGCCCUGAACUCCACGCUAGACAUCUGCGUGUACGAGAACUCGAGGCUGAAUCUCUCGGGCCAAAGUUGCACUGGGAAUCUUACCGUCUCGAUGGCGAAUCUCUCUGCCUAUCGCUCCCUCCACUCCGAAUCCCUCCAGGAGGUUAGCCAUCUGAAGAGCGAAAUCCAGAACCUUAACGGAACCAAUAUCCAGCUCUGUAGAGAUGUCCAGAGCUAUCUCCAAAGAGUGAAAGAGAAUGUCUGCGCUCCAGGGUGGAACUUGUUCAAAGAUAAGUGUUACUUCAUCUCGGCCAAGAAAAUAACAUAUGACAACGCAAAACGGGCGUGUGAAGUCAGGGGGGCGAAACUCCCAGAGAUCAACUCAAACGAAGAGAAGGUCAGACACACACACUCAUCUGUGUGUUGGUUCACAAGGCAAUGUCUUCCUUCACAUUCAAUUGUCACCUGA